AAUGGCCGCAAAGAGGUUUGUUUUCAUGGAGAGUCUUGGGGGUCUUUGGUCUUGGUAGAAUUUGCUAUUUUUAAUAAAGAAUACAAUAGAAAGUUAAUUUGUGAGUAUUAUUAUGAUUCAGAUUUUAGAAGAUAUUUAUAUAAAAUACGGAUUAUUGCAGUGAAGAAAGAUUUCAGAUGACAGAGGUCAGAAAUGAUCCAAAAUUCAAAAAAAUUCAAAUCUGUCAGCGCAGUCUGACGAGACUCGAGGGAAGUUCCCGAAGUCGUAUUCGUGCAGCAUCUUCGACGCUUUUUCUAGUCCUGGGUCCUACGCCCGCAUCUGUAGUUGCCGUCCAGUGCACACAGUCCGCGCCCGACUGUAGUGAACAACACUUGAUUUGUAUAAUAUAAGUGCGUCUUUUAUUGUGUGUGCGUGUACGUCCGUCCGCCCGCGUAGUGAAUGCUCGAAAACGGAGUGCGACUCUCGACCUAGUGAAUUUUUUCUAAAUCGAAAGGAGGCUCUGCGAAGUUAUUCGAACGCCCUUGCUUCAGGAAGUAUUUGGUUGUCGUCGACGCUCUCGCUGAUAUUUCACGGAGGUGGAAGCUGGUGGUUGUUUUGACCCGGGAGUAUUUUCUGAUUAGAAUGGUUGCGGGAGUCGCGCGCAUAGGUCGAAACCCUUAGCCGAGUGUUGCUGUUGUGCCAAAAUAAAUAGGCAUUGCCGCUGAGAACGUGUGCCAGGAGGUGCUGCAUGUUCAAGUGCCGAGAGCGAGUUAUUCGGGUAGUGUGUAAAAUUUUAGUGGACGAGCUAUGUCGAACUGCGACGCGCUAAUUCGUCGUCAUCGGGACCUAGGACGUCGUGCGCUUUGGCCAAGCAUCCCGGUGUUUUGAGAAGUCGUCGAACCCUACCUGGCACUCAGAAAACUCGCGAGAGAAGGCCCAGGUCCAGAUUCCCCGAAGACGAGACCGGAUGACCUCCCGACUGUGAUUUAGUCCCUCAUAAACUCCUCCCAUGUAACCUGACGCACCUGUCGCGGGUUUCUCGAGUCACCCUCCGCCGGCGAGACUCCUCGCCUACUUCGACUCCCUUGCCCGCCACAGGACGGGUUAUGUUUCCCACUUUCAUCGGUAUUCUAGACAUUCAAUCGUGGUGGGAGGUGCCGAGUAUAGCGCACUUCUGCUCCUUAUUUAGAGACGCCUUCAAUCUUCUGGACUUUGAUAUCGAGGACUUGGAAGAAGCUCUAUUAUCUGAUAGUGGCACGGAGGGUCAUCUUUUGCAGGAACUCAUUGUAAGGUUGCUGGAAGGCUGUUUGCCAAACGAUACUCGAAAUGAUAUCUCUACCUUUAACUAUCAGAUGUUUCUACGCAGACUUUUCCGCAAGAAAUGUCAGGAAUAUAAGUGCGAGAAUCCUUUUAAUACGGAUGUAGACUUUGAGCUGUUACCACUUCGUCAAAAGGUUGAGAUUCUGCGAGCGCUUUGUGACUUCAGACUCGACGCUGAAGACGUAGAGCAGUCCCUGAGUAACUUGGACUCUGAUAGUUUAAGAGUGGAACCAUUAGGUCAUGAUCGUAAGAAUUCUGCCUACUGGUAUUUCUACGGUACUCGAUUGUAUAGGGAGGAUUACGUCAAUAAUUCUAAUCCAUCCUCUCAAAAAUCGAAAGGUAAGCCAAAGGACAAAAAGCGCAAAAGACGACGGAACAGAGUGGCUGAAGAGGAAGAGGAGGAAGAGGAGACGAAGGAGGAAGAUAGCUUAGUCUACGAUCAAGAAGAUCGAGAAAGCAUCUGGCAAGUUGUCUGCUUCACUCAGCAGGACUGGAGUCGAUUAGUCGACAAGUUUAAAGACUCUGAACACGAUACGGAACAGAAACUUUACCGUACCCUUUCGGAAGAUUUCAUUCCUGAGAUACCUAAACUCUUUGAUCUGAAAGAGAAACAACAGAGGCGUAAACUUUUACAGCGCAGCAACUCUCGAGUUCUUCGCAGCCACGAAUCUGACCCUGACACAGACUCAGCUAUGGGUAGAACUAAAAUCAAAACGAAAGGAACUAAGGGGACAAAAAAGAGUGGGAGUCAUUCGUCGAAAAAUGCAGACACUGAAGAAGAAACGCCGAAGCCAAUCACACCACCUGUUCAGAAAAAGGGAAGACAGACUAAUAAUUCCUUGGCUUCUGCGGUUGGGCAAAUUGUGAUUGAAACAAGCGACCCGAUUGUUAACUUGGAACACAAUAAAGGAGGCGCACGAGCUAGUGGUAGUUAUUCUUCUUCGGGAUAUGGGUAUGGGUAUAGUCACAUUCCAUUUGGAAUAGAGGAAGAGGAACGACGUGUGGGGAUGCAUAAAGUUCUUGAGAGUGUCAAAGAUCAUGAUGAUGCCUGGCCCUUUAUCGAUCCUGUCGACGAGGAAUAUGCCCCGAGGUAUUACAGCGUCGUUCGAAAGCCGAUGGAUUUGAGUAAAAUGGAAGAGAAGCUCGAAAAUGGUUCUUACAAAAGCUUAAAUCAGUUUAAGAAAGAUUUUCGACUCAUCGUAGACAACUGCAGGCAAUACAAUGGUUCCGAGAACGAGUACACAGAAAUGGCCGUUGUUCUCAAAGAAGUUUUCGAAAGGGCUAUGGAUCGAUAUCUAGACUCUGAACCAUCAAGCGAAGAAGAUUCGUCGUCGCAUGUGUCUCUGCCAACUGCUUCACCUGCUUAUCCCCAAAAGGCAGUUUCAUCCCCCUCUCCGGAACGCAAUCAACGAAAGCGUUCUCGUAAGUCGAGUAAGAAAUCUAAAUCAGGUAAAUUCAGUAAACGAGCGAAGCAGAAAAAUUAUAAAGAAGACUCCUCGAAAGAUGAAAUGGAUUCUGAUGUGGUGAAGAGUAAGAAGAUCAAGAAGAAGUCAAAAAGGAAGAAGGAAGUGAAGGUUGAAGAGGAAGAGGAAGAAGAGGAUGAGAAGGAAGUUGAGAGCGAUGGUGCAAUAUCUGAUGUUAGUGUGAUAAAGUCCAAGCGGAAAAAGCAUACAGAGGUAGAUAAAUUAGUGUCAAAAGAUAAGAAAGUAUCCUCUAAAGAGGAGAAGAUCGAAGAUGCGAAGAAGAGUAGCAGAAAAAGUGGAAGGGAACUUCGGCAUGAGAAGCAUGGCAAAGAUACGAAAGAAUCCAAGGAGUCAAAAGAAAAUAGGAAGAGGAAAGACGAUUUUGAGGAAGACUAUGCUAUCGAUAUUCCAAAGAGUAAAAGCAGGAAAAUCGAGAAACAAGAUACUAAAGAUUCAGAGUCUUUGGUAGAGAGAAUGAAGAAGGCUAAGCAGAAAAGAGGUGAAUCUCCAGAAAAAGUUAAGCCGAUAGAUGAUAUUGAUUGUAUGUCUCCGUCUCCGAAAGGAAAGAAGAAUCGCAAAAAAGAUAAGAAAGUGUCAGAGCCUGUCUACGAGAGCGAUGAAAAACCAGAGGAAAAGAGUAGAACCAAAGAAAAAGAGAAAAAGAAGAAGAGUGAAGAGAAUUUGAAGAACGGCGGGUUAAAAAAUGAAUUCGAAUCGAGAGAUAUUGUUGAGCGGAGUGCUGAAAAAACGGAAACUAUUACAAAGAAACUUACGUCCCUGGUGAACGACAAGGAUUUGGAGGAUGUGAAUUGUUUGGAUAGCUUAAAAGAUAGAAUCAGUGAAAGGCGGAGGGAAGAAAAGUUAAGGCUGGAGCGAGAAAAACAAAAGAAAUCUAAAGACGGUAGCUUUAGUGCGUCUACAAAAAAAGUGCCUUCUAAUGGUAGUACGCUUCACGAUAGUGAUAAAGUAAACUUGAAGCGAGGAAAAUCCAAAAAAAUUGCAAAAGAGGAAAAAUCACCUGGGAGCAGCUCCAAGUUGCAAGAACCGGAAGUAAAUGAGCCGAAGAAAAUCAAAACAUCACAAGCCAAACAUGGUAAGAAGAGAGAGGAGAGUCCUGCGAUUCAAGCAUUGAAUCAAGCCACCGAGCAAACGCUUAACGAUAUCAACAAGUGGCUAGACGAUGCACCGCGUUUGUCUGAAUUUUCUUCAGGCAGUGACUCGCCUGUACUUCAUCCUUCGACCAGUGAUUCCGCUCGAUCAAGUGCAAAACCUGAUGCAUCGCGGAAGCGACCAAAUUCGAUGAAACUCUUUGGAUCUCACCCACCUUCGAGACCGAAAAAGGUUCAACGGACUAUCGAUCGUUUGCAGCCAGGCAAGAGCAAAGGCAACUUAUUACUAAAGAAGCCUCUCAAUUUGCCAAGUGGAAGCACAAGCGACACGAUCGUUCAUCAAACAACGACUGACACUGAUAAACCAAAACGAGAGCCGAAAGAUGAACCAAAGUUAAGCCUGGGAUCAGUUCUCAAAAAUACAGAUUCAAUGCAGUCCUUCUGCAAGAAUUUAGUUUCAUCGCCUAAUCCUAAUUUAUCAAACGAGGAUGAUGAAGACGAUAAUUUCAAUGGAUUAUCUGUGCCAUCUUCAGCCGUAAACGAAGAAAAGGGCAAAGAACCCUCGCCAACAUCUACAGCUACUGAAGAGCUCAAAGAAAAUCCUCCUUCCACUGAGGACUCACAAAAACCAAAAUCUGCCACGCCAAAUCUCAGUGCCUGGUUUAAAGCCUUUGGAGCCCCGAAGUCGAAGAAAAAGGACGAGGAGGUUGAAGAGGCACCAGUUAAUCCCAAGAAAGAAACUGAAGUACCAGAAUUAGUUCCUUCCAGACAAAGGCGCGUCAGUACUGGUGGCAGCAGUGUUAGCGAGUCUGUUUCAAGUUUCUCUCAAGAAUCACCACCUGCUCGAUCAGUUCGUUCACCCCAGAAUCCACAAAUUCUAAUAGCCGCCAACGAACCACCGAUCAGAGGCGCGGGAUUUUAUCAAGAUGCAUUAUCUACUGGAAGUAGUCCCUACAACAGUCCGUUUUACGCUACUCCUCCCAGAUACAGUGCUCAACUUCCGCCCACUCCAUCUCCUCAAAAUCAUCCUCUAUCCCCAGCUUAUCCAUCCUCUACAGCCUUCGAACAAUCCCCCCUCUACUCUCAAAACAAUCACCAGAAUUUUCAAAAAGCCUCGCCACAAGCUAGUCCCAGUGAACCAUUCCGACAAUUAUCUCCUUCAUUCCCACAAGCAUCCCCUCAAAACCCGUUUCCUCAAAAUUCUCCUCAGAAUACACCCUUUCCUCAAAAUCAAUCACCCGUUUAUCCACAGCAAUCUCCGCAGUCUAUACACUCGCCCUAUCCUCAACCUUCACCACAAGCUCCACCUUCCAAUUAUUCCCAACCUUCUCCGCAACAACCACCAACUCCCGGAUAUUCUCAACCCUCUCCUCAACAACCUGCCUCGAAUUAUUCCCAACCAUCCCCACAAACUGUUAACUAUUCACAACAGUCACCUCAGCAACAACAUUCCCCCUACUCACAACCUUCACCACAACCUCUUCCCACCUAUUCCCAACCUUCCCCUCAGCAACAACACUCUCCUUACUCGCAACCAUCAACUCCUCAGACUCCGAAUUAUUCCCAAGUCUCACCUCAACCACCUGCGAAUUAUUCACAACCUUCUCCUCAACCUCCAGCGAAUUAUUCUCAACCUUCUCCUCAACCUCCAGCGAAUUAUUCUCAACCUUCUCCUCAACCUCCAGCGAAUUAUUCUCAAUCUUCUCCUCAACCUCCAGCGAAUUAUUCUCAACCUUCUCCUCAACCUCCAGCGACCUAUUCUCAACCUUCCCCUCAGCCUCCAGCGAAUUAUUCUCAACCUUCUCCACAAACUGCAGCGAAUUAUUCUCAACCUUCUCCUCAACCUACAGCUACUUUCUCCCAACCAUCGCCCCAACCCCCCUCUACUUUCUCCCAACCUUCGCCGCAACCCCCCGCUACUUUCUCCCAACCUUCACCCCAACCUCCACCGAGUUAUCCUCAAACCUCACCUCAAGCACCGAGCACUUACUCUCAACCAUCGCCUCAAUCUCGAAACUACUCUCAGCCCUCGCCUCAGCAGAACUUUUCUAAGCGUUCCCCGCAACCUCCAGCCAACUAUUCGCAACCGUCACCUCAAAAUGCGACUUACUCUCAACCCUCGCCUCAAGCGACUUAUUCUCAACCUUCGCCACAAAAUGCUGCAUAUUCUCAACCUUCACCACAGCAGCCAACCUACUCGCAACCCUCGCCACAACAACCACCACCAAAUUACUCUCAACCAUCUCCACAAGCACCCACGAAUUAUUCGCAGCCUUCGCCUCGGAGUUACUCGCAUCCAAGUCCGCAAGCUCCAGUUCAGAGUACGAAUUCGAAUUUCUCACAACCUUCUCCCCAGCCGAAUGCGAGUUUCAAUCCACCGAUCAAAAACACCGAGGACUACAGUCGAACCUCUAGUACCUAUGCACCGAACUUCAAACAAAGUCAAGCAUAUCUGCAAACUUCGACUUCUUUACCAGAGACUGAUAGAAGAUCUGAUUAUAUCAAGUCGGAGGAUAAGCCUCAGGAGCAGCAGCGAGCCUUUCCUCAAGAGUCAGCCUUGGGAUUGAAUCAUCAAAACUUCCAAUCGAGUCAGUAUUCCUCUACCUACGGAAAUAAUUUCUCUCAUAGUGAAAGAGUCGCAGGGCAGAGUGCAGAAAUUCAUAGGCCUUCGCCUGGCAUGAACCAGGAACAGCAGAUCGUUCAACAAAGGUCUGUUCAAUCUCAAGAUCAGCAGCUUCUCAGUUUUCAACAGAAUCUGUCUCACGAGGCGCUUUACCAAACUGGUUUUCAAGCUCCACCUUAUCCGAUGACGAAUGCUUCCCACAGACCGAUGUACCCAAGCACUCACUACUUCGACACGAGUGGAGUCGCAGGUUCUACAAAAGGUGGGGUUUCGAACCCUAGCAAUAACCUAGCUCCAGUUAAGAAGAGAAUGUACAACGAGCCAACGUCGAGCGACUCUUCUCGAAGUCUUCCCCAGGAAUCACGAUCAAGUCAAGAACAAUUUAGCUUUGAUGCAAUGAUGGCCCUUUCGCAAUCCGAGGCUGCCUCCGUGAGUCAGUUUGACAGUGCCUAUGUCGGUACCCUGGCUGACACAGUUGCCUCGAAUCCUGCCUAUGCGAGACUAGGACUAGGACUAGUUGGUCGCACCACCAAAGAACAACAGCAACUCCUCACGAUUCCUCGACCUCCGGCGAAACCUGACCCUCUUUCCUACGCUCGAGGUUCCACUUCCGGAAAUCCUGAACUAGAUUUGAACCUUCUUCAGAGUCUGCAGAAUGCUGCAGCGAAGAACUCCCAGGGGAUGCUUUCUAUGUCGCGACGCGAACCAACAACAAGCGUCCCUCCUACACCGACGACUAAAACGAAGAAGGGCAGGAAAAGCAAACAAGCCGCUGCAGUCAAUCUGGAACAAGCGCAAAGCAGCACAGGAAUUCCUAGUUUUCCACAAUACUCUGGAGCUCCGGAUUCUCUCAGUUUGAAAAAUCCGGGAAUUCCUCCACCGGGUGGAAGUGCUUUUAACUUUGCCUCGACUGCUGGUGCAGCUAACAGCUCGUCUUUUUAUGAGAAGGAUGCAUCUGCCGCCGCCGCUGCUUAUGUUUUUCUUGACGAAUUCCGGAAUCCUAAUAGCUAUUAUAGUAUGGCUUUUAGGCAGCAACAGCAACAACAGCAGCAGCAACAGCAGCAGCAACAACAGCAACAACAACAAGCGACUCCUGUCACUGAUGCGAAUCAACAGGCUUGUAAUAAAUUGACUAAUCAACUGCCUAGGAAUUAUCCAUCCCAUCCGUUCCUUCAUGCACAGAGAUCUGCUGCUUAUGGGCCAUCGGUGCCAACUUAUGUUACACCGCAUGGACCAAAUCUUGGGGUGGAUCCAUUUCAACAAUAUCUGCAUUCUCUCUACGCUCUCCAACCACCGCCUCAUCAUCACAGGUCGUCCUGGCUCUAGCCGACGAGAUCGGUUUGAGUGCAAGUUUUUGCAAGUGGAGACUGCUUAUAAAUAAAAUAGGAGCUUCAUUUUUUGAGAUUCUUCGCCGGUUGCAAUGAUCUCUUGUUGACUCUUUUAUGUGGAAAUUAUCACAUCACGGCAUUUUUGUUAGUUAGAGGCUAUUCUAGGUUUUGGUCUGGUAUUCUCUCUGAGAUUUUCGGGAUUUUUUAUAGAAUCGAAUCACCCAUUUUUGGUGAAUGAUGAUAAUGAAUAUUAUAUGUAUUAAACUUUGGUAUUUAACUACCAAAAGCUAGAAAUAAGGGGAAAUUUUCAGAAAAAUUUGGGGAUCGGGUUCUUGAGUCUGAGUCGAUGAAGAAGUUUUUUUUUAUAAAAGUGUACAAAUUUUAGGUUUUGAAUAUUUAAAGGGAAAUAAGGCUGUUUUGCAAUGGCUUAAAAUUUUAAAUCUAUGAAUGUUUAUUAAGCAAUAAUGUGAGUAUGGUUUCCUUUAUAUUUCAAGAUAUAUUUCUUUUGAUAAAAAGUAAAGCUUUUCGAAACAAUUUCAAACUAAUUAUUCUUAUACUUUUUUCUAUUUGUAUUGAAGUUUGUCAAAUUGACGAUAUUUAAUUGAAAUUUAAUAUUUCUUGUGAAUGUGCUUUAAAAAUAUUAUUAUUAUUAUAUCAAAUUGUACAAAUUUACGAAGUUUGUAGACAAAAUUACCUUGUAGUUUUUUUUCACAAUGUAAAAAAAUUUGUAACUUUUUAAUAGUCUUAAUUGGUAUAGCUUCGGAAUGAAAAAUAAGAAUUAAAAUGAAACAUU